AUGAAAAUUAUAGUCGUGGUUGUGAUAUUUACCAUUCUUGCCUCAAUCGUAGACAGUCGCGAAAUAUACGGAUUAAAGCCAAAUUUGAGGAACGGCACUGAGAAAAGCAUGGAAAUGCCAUAUUACGGAGACAGUGAAGAGUACGGAGACAGUGAACAGAAUGGAGAAGUUACAGAACCUAACUCUGAAGAAGAGGAGCAGAGAGAGGAGAAUGGUUUAACCAGUGACGAAAAGGAUUUUUGGAAGAAAACUUUUUUAGAGUAUGUGAACCUCAUGGAGUUUCUAAAAAACUCGGAAAUUAGUGAAGAGUACGGAGACAGUGAAGAAUACGAUGACAAUGAAGAGUCCGGAGACAGUGAAGAGCACGGAGAAGUUACAGAACCUAACUCUGAAGAAGAGGAGCAGAGAGAGGAGAAUGGUUUAACCAGUGACGAAAAGGAUUUUUGGAAGAAAACUUUUUUAGAGUAUGUGAACCUCAUGGAGUUUCUAAAAAACUCGGAAAUUAGUGAAGAGUACGGAUACAGUGAAGAGUACGAUGAUAAUGAAGAGUCCGGUGAUAAUGAAGAAACCCGAGAAGUUACAGAACCUAACUCCGAAGAAGAUUAG